CGAUCAUGGCGGAUGGCCCCAGGUGUAAACGCAGAAAACAGGCCAACCCGAAGCGGAGCAGCGUUGACUUCCCCCCCCCCCUUUCUCCACAACAACGUGGCUCUCGCUCUCGCUCGCGCUCCGCACUUUUGUUUAACGGCAAGAGGAUGAACGCCCGGGCCAGGGCCGGGGCGAGGCUCGACGGGGCUCGGGGAGGGCCGCCGAACCGGGCCGUGGGAGUGCACCGUGGGGUAACGACAACUCGGCGGGGAGUCGCUUUAAUGGUCGGACUCUGGCUCUGGACGUCGCGGCUUUUUUGCACGAGGUUUAGUGAUGGCAGAGAGAUGGGAUGUUUAUUAUUUCGUGGCCACUUCCCCCCCCUCAUUCCUCCGCCUCCUUCUCUCCCUCCUCCUCUUCCCUGCUGCUGCACCAAAUGUUGCCUCGUUUAAGGUAAGCGUGGAAGUGAUUAUCCAAAGGAAAUAAUAAAAUAAAUAAAAUAUAAAAGGGGAUAAUGACUUUUAUCGUCGUCGUCAUCACACGCACCGGACUCCUUUUACUAAUCCGCUAAUUCUCCCGCAAACCUGCGUGGAAGUACGUGUCCACGCAACAGAAAGUGGAGCACAUGGUAGCGUCUAGUCAGUACGUCACGCACCUGUAAAUUCGGCGUCGCUUUGGAGCAGAAAAACUCACGCGCCGUUGUACUUCACGUGCUAUGUUUACAUUAGCCCGCUAAUAAUAAGGGACCGUUAUUCGCGCGUGUAUGAGGGGGCGGAGAACACCUUUCCCCCCCCCUCCCUCUCUCCUGUCGUGAUGACGUCACGACGGUGCGUCCGUCCAGGAGCCAUCAUCAUCCCCGUCCUCAUCUUCAUCCUCCUCCUAUUUACCUGAAGGCGGCUCGGCGAUGGUUUCGAAAGCGUAAGAAUUAACAGAAUACCUGCAGAAGCUCGACCGGAAGCGGAUCUGGUGGCGCGUGUGUGGCGAGGACCUCGACACGCACACGCACAAGGGGCUGCAAAUGACAACCUGCGCAGUGACGAACGUAAACGGCGGCUUGGAGGCCAGCAGCUCCGACUCGGACGAUGACGACAAGCUACACAUCGUGGAGGACGAAAGCCCGCCUGACGGCGAAGAGACCGCGGUGGCGAGGGGGGGCCGCCGCGACGCCAAAGACGCGACAGACGCCAACAACGCAGUAUUAACACACAAUGGAGCCUGGAACGGAGUGAAAGUGGAGUGCGUGUCCGGAGGAGAAGAAGAAGAAGAAGAAGAAGAAGAAGAUGGUGGAGGAAGAGGAGGAGAGUUGGAGCCGCAGUGUGGAGUGAAGAAAGAAGUGGUGGUGGAGGAGAUCCUCCAGAAAGGAGACACGGCUGUUAUCUACCCAGAAGCCCCCGAUGAUCAGCAGAGUCCUGCGGAGACGGGGGGCGUGGACGAAAACGGCACGCCAGACUCCCUUCAGCUGCACACGUGUCCGUACUGCUCGCGAGGCUACAAGCGCAACGCUUCGCUGAAAGAACACAUCAAGUACCGGCACGAGACCAGCGAAGACAACUACAGAUGCUCGCACUGCAGCUACACCUUCACAUACCGCUCGCAACUCGAGAGGCACAUGAGUCACCACCGGAGCAGCAAGGAGCAGCGUCACGUGCAGUCGUCCGGUGGCGGUGGAAGUGGAGGAGGCCCUCGCAAGUUCAAGUGCACAGAGUGCUUCAAAGCCUUCAAGUACAAACACCACCUGAAGGAGCACCUGCGCAUACAUAGUGGUGAGAAACCAUACGAGUGUGCCAACUGCAAGAAGCGAUUCUCACACUCUGGCUCGUACAGCUCGCACAUCAGCAGCAAGAAGUGCGUGAGUGCGGCCAGCGCCCCCAACGGCCUGGCCCGCAAGUCCGUCAAGUCACUGCCGCCCGUUGCUGACAUCCCGGGGGUUGCCGUGACCUCUGGCCGCGUGGUCGUAACGGAGAAGCCGGAAAGCAAACCCCUCCAAGAGCAGCUCCCCGUCACGCAAAUCAAAUCAGAAGCGACCGAGGUGCCCUGCAAGCCGGCUGUGGCGUCGGCACCAUCGGCCAAUGGGGCGGCGCCCCAGCUCCAACCCCUAUCCCAGGGCGUAGCUAUGGUGCUUCCCACUGUGGGGCUGGUGCCCCCCAUCAACAUCAAUCUGAGUGACCUGCAGAACGUCCUGAAACUGGCUUUGGAUGGGAACGUUUUGAGGCAGGUUCUGGGGACCGCCAAUGGGUCUGCGGUGCAGGGGAAGCCGGGGAUCGUGGUCCAGCAACCUCAGCAGCAGAUCAUUAGCCUGCCCGCCUUCGUUGACCACGAUGGGACCACCAAGAUCAUCAUCAACUACAGCAUCGGACCCGCACCUGUCACCACCGCUACUACUACUGCCAGCACCACCCAACCCAUGCCGCUUCUUGUCAAAAACAACCUGGUCCCGGCUGCACCCAUCCCGACCAAAACUGACAAGCCACCCAGUCCCAAGGUUGACCUCAGCCUGGUGAAGGAGGAGCCCGAAGAGUCGGUGCUCAUCACAGAAACAAAAACAGACCAAUUGAAGAGCAUCAAGACUGAAGAAGCCGAGGGGCUGCCACCCGACACCGGAUCCGGUACUUGUUCACUGUGCGACGAGUGCCCCGAGAACCUGGAGGCGUUGCACUUGCUCCAGCACCACAAGGCGGCCAACGGGGAGGCGGUGGACUCGGCCGCCUUGGACCCAUCCUUCGCCGCCUUGCUCAGCGACGCCGGUGUGACGCUAGAGCAGGAGCCAGCUGUGGAUGAUCUCCUGACCCUCCUUAAGACCUACUUCGCCUCCAACUCCAACCCUGACCAAGAAGAGCUAGAGAAGAUAUCAGACUCUGUUAGGAUUCCCGUGGACGUGGUGCGGAAGUGGUUUGCCAAGAUGAACUCUGGAAGAAAAAUCUGUCAAGACCAGGCGGCGUCCAAACAGACUGAACCUCUAAACUGUGAGUCAGAGGCCACCAAACAAGCCUCAUGUCAAUCCCCAUCUGAAUCCCCGUCGUUAAACACCAGCGACUUGGUCAUCAUCAAAAGCGAGCCAGAGGACCCCGAGGCUCUGGACUCCCAGGCCGAACCCUUGGACCUGUCCCUCCCGAAACAGGUGCCCGCUCCCACAUCUGCUGCACUCCCAGAGGACACCUCACCUGCCAAAAAAACACCCCAGCCUGUGACCCUAGCCUGCCUAAGGAAGGAGCAGGUGGGUGGUCGCACUAUCUAUGUGGCCACGCCUCAGACGCGCCGAACCGCCGUCAACAUCAUACCCACCUCACAGCUGCCCACCUUGGUGGCCAUCACAGGUCAGGGCCCGGUUGGCUGCCUUGGCGCCCUCGGGGACUCGGCCAAGCGGACCAUUCUCAUCCCACAGCUCACCUACACCUACGCCAACUCGGCUGGAACCGCGGCGAAGACGGUCGUGCUCAACGGACACAAGACACCGGAAGUGAGCUCCGAUGGCGCGGCGGACGAACAAAGGGAGAUGUCGCUAAUGAAGAAGCCCCGUCUGGAAAACGGCGUCUACGCUUGCGACCUGUGCAACAAGGCCUUCCAGAAGGGGAGCUCCUUACUCAGGCACAAAUAUGAACACACAGGAAAGCGUCCUCAUGAGUGUCCAGUGUGCCACAAGGCCUUCAAGCACAAGCAUCAUCUUAUUGAGCAUUCGCGCCUGCAUUCCGGCGAGAAACCCUACCAGUGCAACAAGUGCGGAAAGCGCUUCUCGCACUCGGGCUCCUACUCUCAGCACAUGAACCACCGCUACUCCUACUGCAAGCGGGACGGCUCCGAUUAUGGCUCCAGCCCGGACGCAGACGCCACCGCCGCCGCCGUCGUCGUGGGAAGUCCGACCGCCACGCUGGACUCGGACGUCGGCGAAAGCGAGGACGACGACGAAGCCAUGUGUGUCGACGACAUCCGGGUCGUACAGGUGGACGACGGCGAGUGCGAGAUCUACGAGGGCAACUUUGAUGACGACGACGACGACGGCGACGACGACGACGAAGAAGACAACGUGGAAAAAGAUGAUGAAAAAGAAGAAGAGCAUGAAGAAGAAAAGGAGAAAAACCUCGAUGUGGAUGAGUUUGCGUGCCAGGUGGUAGAGGUGGAACUGAAAGACGAGCAGACGCCGGAGCCCCCCGUAGCGGACAAGGCGGAGGCAGCCGGCGUCAACCUUGAGCAGAUGGCGGACUGCACUUACAAAAGCAUCAGGGACUGGUCGGACAGUGAGGAAUCCUCCGACGAUCAAGCUGUGACGGACACCAAAUAAGCCAACCCUCCCCCCUUCGGGACACUUUUGAGAGCCACAGCUCCAGAUCUAACUCUGGCUUUGACUCCGGUUCCGGUUCUAGGUCUGGCCUCCAGAUCAGGUGUCGUAUGGAAUAUGAACCCUUUUAAAAAUUAACCCACCCUAUGGCUGCCCCACCAAAAUUUGCAUAUCAAGAAAAUCAUUUAAUGUUCUCGAUCGGUUAGAGUCAGUAAUAUAUGCUAUUUGUAGUCAUUUAGUUAAUUUUCUUUUUAUCACGGAAGUAAUGACCCCCUUACGCCCCAAAAAGGUUUAGCAUUACCUAUACAUGCCACGAGAUGGCACCAAAGCACUAAUUUUGUCCCAAUGAAACUCACUUCACAGUAGUUUCUUGGCACCACGAUGCCACGAGCUGGGGUCAAAGCACUGCUUUUGCCUAAAUCAAGCUCCUUAGGUCACGUCAUCAGUUUUUUUUUUGUUUUGUUUUGUUUUGUUUUGCACCAAAUUAAUACUUUUAUUUGGUUUGGCUUAAGCAAAGAAACAGAAUAACAGCGGAUAGGUUCCCCCUCAAAAGAAAAUCUAUGAUUUGGUGAUUUUGCAAAUGCCCGGUUCACGCAACAUAAAAGAUCUGUAUGUUUUUAAGUGAAUAUUUUAGGAGUUGGUGGGUUCAUAUUUUAUGGGGGUCCAUUUACAGUCUGACAUCAGGCUCUGACUCCGACUUCAGUUCCAGCUGCAGUUCCAGAUCUGGGUCCGACUCUGGCUCCGGCGGCGGUUGGCUGCUUUUAACGGUCCACUACUGUGUCCAAACACCUAGGUGUGCCUAAACUCUUUUCUUUCUCUUGCAAAUAUCAGUGUUACAAAUGUUUGUUUAUAGACACUUUCCUUCGUGUUACUAAUUUGACUUAUAUUUUUUUGGGUUGCCAAUGUUUCCGACAUCAGUAUUUUCCUUGAGUUCUACGAACAAAAAGCGCUGCACUACGGUUUUCCCCCAUUGUCACCCUUUCAGUGUUAUAUGCCAUUAGCUGACGUAAGCUGGCGUUUGUUUUUAUUUUUGACUGUUAGCCUUAAGGAAAAGGAAAAAAAAAAAAAUGUCCCCCACCCACCCACGAGCAAAAUGGGCGGCGCCCCUGCCUUAUGCAAGACUUGCGUGCUGUUAAAGUGCCAUUGAACAUUGUUGUUGUCGUCUCCCCACUCGCGUGGAGGGUGUUAACAUGCGUCUGUUACUGUACGUUACCUGUUACUUUACACACGUUUCGUACGAUGGUUUCUUUAUCUGUUACAAGCGCCCAGCGCCACGUUCACACCCGUAUGACCACCCGUUAACCACAGCCGCCAAACAGCAUGCAUGUCAAAUUAUUUACGUAAUUGUAAUGAUUUUCGUAUUUUUUUUAAAUACUGUAUUACGUCUCAAAAGCAGUAAAAGCUCAUCUCUAAAAUAAAAUGAAAAUCAACGACACAGUGUUAAUGAUAUAUGCCCUAAAUGUUUUAAGUCAUUGCGAUUUGUAAACAGUAAAGUUGACAGUUUUAGUAGUAACACAAUUUUAACAAUUUUCUGGAGUUUUACCCCAAACAUUUCAGUGCGUUUUGUAAAGCAGUAAAAGUUCAAGUUUACAUUUAAAAUAAAAAAAUAUCUACGAUUGGUUUUUUUGUUGUUUUUUUUUUUACAUUGAAUAAAAUCUACUACACGUUUUUUUUUUUUUUUUUCAUAUUUCAUUACGAUUCAUAAAGCAGUAAAACUUGUAUUUUUUUAUAAUUAAUAUUGCUGCACGUUUUCAAAUGUUUGUAUAUUUAAUUAAAUAUAACAAUUAUUGGAACAGGAACAAGCUCAAGUUUACAAGAUAAAUUUUUUCAAUCGGCUUCACGAUUUUAGAGAUUUGCAAUUUCUUUGUAAAAUCACGGCCAACAUUUUGAAAAUUCUUGCUAAAAAAAUCCUGAACCUUAAUUUCAAUUUGUGAGGAAAUAGUGUUUGUUUAACUUAUUAAAUCAACUAGUUUGCUACACAAUUUAAUUUUCAGUUCUUUUUAUUAGAAUUCUAUUUUUUAAUUUGCAACUGUUUACCUUUUUUUGGUUUUUUUUAAAUGUAGUCUUCCAUUACAAAGAAGUAAAAACUCCAGUUUACAAGAUUACUUCAUAAAAACAGAAAUCAACCACAAUUUAUGUGAUUUUAAAAAACAAAUAUUUUUUUCCUCGAAUCAUUUGUAAUUAGCUCCAUUUUAAAAGUUUUUAAAAUGGUUUGGCUACACAAUUUCUAACGAAUCUUUUUAAAACUUAUUGUCCUUUGUUGUAAAGUGGUAAAAGUUCACGUUUACAUAAAAAAAAAUAUACAGAAUUCAAAUUAUGUAUAUAUUAUGCUCGCGCACUUCAACGAUGUUUGCAUUUUUUAAAGAAUUUCAUUGUGAUUCAUAAAGUAAUAAAAGCUCAAGUUUGUUUGAACAAAAAUGUAAGUAAAUAUUUUCCUGAUCUUGUUUCCAUUGUGAAGUAGACGAAGCUCAGGUUUACAACCUCACUUUUAAAGAAUUAGCUACACCAAUUUUUUUUAUUUUUUUUGGUAAUGAUUUUCUUUUGUAAAACUUUUAUUUUCACAGUUUUGUUUAAGUUUAAUUUCAGAUCUAAAACGACUUGACAAUAACGCUUAAUUUUAUUUUAUCCCAUUUGUGCACUUGUUCCGGUUGAAAAUGUCGGCGCGCUGUCCCGCACUUUGGGUGGCAAACGUUCGCGAACGUGGCGCUCGCCUGGUUUUUCCUGUUUAUUACUUUACCAAAACAGUAUUUCUUUUGUUGUUGGAUUUGAGCGCGUUUUUAACAAAGCCAGUAUUAAAAACUCUUUACACAACUUUUUUUUAUAUAUAUAUUUAUGUCUUUUUUGUAUUUUCCUUUUGACGGUUAUUUAUUACGCUUUAUUAUUGGUAGUGUACAUGACUGUAGGAUGAAUCGAUAAUAUAUUUUAGUAUGAAAAACAACAAAUCAAACAAGCUCAGCCCACCGUGUAGUUCUGGGACUUUCUGAGUUGGUUUUACAGAAAAAAUUAGGAAAAAAAAUAAUAAAAAGUAAAAAUACUCAUCUUGAAUUCUAUUAAUGUGUUCAAAAACAAUGAAGAAAAAGCCAAAUGAAAGUGUUACACGUCGUUAUGAAGCUACUGAUUAAAAACGCAUGCGAUGAAGCUCCAACCUUUUUUUGUUUGUUUUUUUGCUUUUAUCAUUUUUUUCCCCUCUUCUUGUUUUUGUCGUGCCAUCAUUGCAUCACAUUUGUUCCUUUUAUAAUGUUUGUCCCUUCACAAUAAACGUG